GCCAGCAGCAGGUAUCAAGCGUGCCGCUCCCCAGGAUAUGCAACACGAUACCGACAAACGUCGCAAGGUGGCUCAGAGUCCGCGCAAGCCAGAAAGACCGCCUCAAGACCCCACCGAAGAAUCCGAAACCGAGGACGACACCGACGGCGAAUGCUACGCCAUAAACCCUAAGCUCGAACCCCGCCCCGACAUCCCCGACGCCCCCAAGCCCAUCGGCCCCCACGUGCUCGACAAAGUCAAGAAGAUAUACAUCCCGAAUCCCGUCAACCGCUUCCUCCGCCCCUACCAGCGCGACGGCAUCCAGUUCAUGUACGACUGCUACAAGGAGAACCGCGGCGGGUGCCUAGGUGACGACAUGGGGCUGGGGAAGACCAUCCAGGUCAUCAGCUUUCUGUCCGCUAUCAUGGGCAAGACGGGCACUGUGCGCGACCGGUACCGCCGGCGCGACUACGUGUCAGAGCUGCAGGACCGGCCGGACUGGCGCACCAACAUGCCGCGCGCGAACGCGCGGUGGCCAACCGCGCUCACCGUCGUGCCCACGUCGACCGUCGCGAAUUGGGACCGCGAGUUCAACAAGUGGGGCCACUUCGAGCUUGGGGUGUACACGUCGCAGCUGAACAAGGACGAGCGCGCGGGGAUGCUAAGGGACUACAAAUUGGGGCGGCUGGAUCUUAUCAUCGUCUCGCAUGACAUGUUGAGGCGGGAGAUCGAUUCCUUUGACGACCUGGCGAUCUCGUGCGUGUUUUUGGACGAGGCGCAUGUUAUCAAGCGGGCGGAUGCGGGGUUGACGCAGGCUGUGAACCGCUUCGAGUGCAUGCGGCGGUUUGCGUUGACGGGGACGCUGAUUCAGAACUCGUAUAUGGAGAUGCACCCAGUAUUGGAUUGGACGAAUCCUGGAGCCCUUGGGACCAGAGCUCAAUGGAAGAGUACGAUCGUCAAGCCACUCGUCGUUGGACAAUCUGCUUCUGCCACCGCCGAGCAGCGACGGAAGCAAGACGAAAUUGCCGAAAUCCUCAACAAGGUCAUCCUCCCCAGAUUCUUCCUGCGGCGCACAAAGUACCUCAUCAAAGGACAACUGCCACAGAAACACGAUGAAGCCGUGUUCUGUCCGUUGGCUCCUAUCCAGCGAGAAGUGUACAAGCGCAUCCUGGCUCUCCCUGAGGUCCAGGAUCUAAUCCUGAAGGAGGACCUGUGCCCGUGUGGGAGUAGAAAAGCCCGAAAGAAUUGCUGCCACCCCUUCCAGCCGGAGAAUCUGUUUGUGUACAUGCACCACCUCAUCUCCUGCGCGAACCAUGUCGCGCUGUUGCUUCCUGGCCCGAACGAUACCCCAGAGCAGAUCGAGCGGUACGCGGACCUCAACAAGCGCGUUAUGAAGGAUAUAUACGCAGACGAGGGCAAGCGGUACAAGCUCACGUACAGCCUGGCGAUCCUGCAAAGGGAUAUGUGUGGGAAGCUCGACCAGUGGUACAAGGAGGGAUCGAACAAGGUCCUGAUCUUCACCAAGUCCCUCAAGUUGAUGGAGGUACUGGAGUUUCAUAUGAAGCGGGAUUCGUACGAGUUCCGCAAGUUAGAUGGCAGCGUGCCGCAGAAGUAUCGCCAAAAGUACAUUGACGAGUUCAACGAGCAGCCGGAGGUCUUUUGUUUUCUGAUCUCGACGCUGGCUGGUGGCACGGGGAUCAACUUGACUGCGGCGAAUAAGGUGGUCAUCUUUGAUCCCAAUUGGAACCCCGCGCAUGACUUGCAGGCGAUGGACCGCGCUUUCCGCUAUGGGCAAACGCGGGAUGUAUACGUGUAUCGCCUCCUUGGCGGCGGAUCGCUGGAAGAGCUUGUCUACGCGCGGCAGCUUUACAAGCAGCAGCAGAUGGCCAUCGGCUACGAUGCGAGUGCGCAGACUCGCUUCUUCACUGGCGUCCAGGGCGACCCGCAGAAACAGGGCGAGCUCUUCGGCAUCAAGAACAUGUUCACGUACCACGAGGACGAGCAGACGACGAAGAUGGCCAUCGAGCGGGCGACGAUCGCAGAUCUGGACUUUAACCUUGCCAAGGGCAGUGCGGGGUCGUUGAAGAAGGGCAAGGACGGGAAGAAGUUGUUGGGAAAGGAGGAGGCGGCAGACCUGCGUGGGCUGGGGGCGUUCAUGUUCGAUGAUUUGUCCCCCAAGAAGAAACAGAAACAGCCGCAGACCGCGGAGCAGCGCAUCCUCAGCGAGGGCGGGGUCACGUACACGCAUCGCAACGACGAGCUGAUCAAGGGCGCGCCGAGGAAGUCAGCGGCGAGAGCGAGCACGAGCAAGGCCCCGGUUGCGAAGGUGCUUUCUCACUUGAUUACGACGUAUUGA